CCGCCCCACCACGCCCACGGCGACUCGUGCUCACAGUGCUCCACCACACCGCUGGCCGCAGAUCCUGUGCCCCUCCGCACAGCUCGCUCCCGACUUCACGACGGCGUCACCUGCCCCCGCCCGCGACCGCUCCCCCUCGCCGCCGCUCCUCCGCAUCGCCAGCCAGAUCACCACCGCGGGCGCCGAGCUCUGGAAAUACAGCGACCGCCCCCCGCGCGGCAGCCUUAAGCCGGCCCUUGCUGGCUCGUUCGCAGUCCCCUUCCGCACGGAGUCGUCCAUCUCGGUGCGCAAUCUCGGCGACGGCGAGGCGCUCCGGCCCAGCAUGGACUCGCGCCGCAACCCCAGCAGCUUCCAGCAGCUCGAGAAGCUCGGCGAGGGCACGUAUGCGACGGUGUUCAAGGGCCGCAACCGCCAGACGGGCGAGCUGGUGGCCCUGAAAGAGAUCCACCUCGACUCGGAGGAGGGCACGCCCUCGACCGCCAUCCGCGAGAUCUCGCUGAUGAAGGAGCUGCGCCACGAGAACAUUGUGCUGCUGCACGACGUCAUCCACACCGAGAACAAGCUGAUGCUGGUCUUCGAGUUCAUGGACAAGGACCUCAAGCGCUACAUGGACUCGCGCGGCGACCGCGGCGCCCUCGACCCGCCGACUAUCAAGUCUUUCAUGUACCAGCUGCAGCGCGGCAUCGCCUUCUGCCACGACAACCGCGUGUUGCACCGCGACCUCAAGCCGCAGAACCUGCUCAUCAACAACCGCGGCCAGCUCAAGCUCGCCGACUUCGGCCUCGCCCGCGCCUUUGGCAUCCCCGUCAACACCUUCUCCAACGAGGUCGUCACCCUGUGGUACCGCGCCCCCGACGUCCUGCUCGGCUCGCGCACCUACAACACCAGCAUCGACAUCUGGAGCGCCGGCUGCAUCAUGGCCGAGAUGUACACAGGCCGCCCCUUGUUCCCGGGCACCACCAACGAGGACCAGCUGCAGAAGAUCUUCCGCCUGAUGGGCACGCCGUCCGAGCGCUCGUGGCCCGGCAUCUCGCAGUUCCCGGAGUACAAGAGCAACUUCCCGGUCUACGCCACCCAGGACCUGCGGCUGAUUCUGCCGCAGGUCGACCAGGUGGGGCUGAACCUGCUCAACACCAUGCUGCAGCUGCGACCCGAGAUGCGCGUCUCGGCCACCGCGUCGCUGCAGCACCCCUGGUUCAACGAUCUGCCGCAGCGCCAGCAGGAACACGCGAAUGCGAUGGCUGCGGCGCAGCAGGCGCAGAUGGGCUACCAGCCGUCGCAGUACUAAGCCUCGGCACACUGCCCGGUGCAAUCAGAAGCACGGCAGCAGACACUCGCCGAGCCUCCAGCGACAGGGCAUCACAGCCAUGACCUGCGUACACACUACCUGCCGUCCGUAGAUGGCACUGCAUCGCGUCGGUCGGGAGUUCUCAUAGACUGUUCGUCUUGGAAUUCACAGCACCAAUAUUAGACCAGGGAGAGGUGCGGUUUUAGUAGUCUGGUGUGGGACUGCUGGUGGGAGAGGAGUGUGUAGUGUACGUAGACUCUGAACGAAAAAUAACGAUCAUGUCCCCUUA